AUGGCUACUAUUGAAGAUACUUAUGCACCAUUAAUUAAUUCUAUUGAAGCUGAUUCUUCAUCGGCUACUAAAAAGACUGACUCACUCGAAGUAGUUAUAUUACCUUCUACAACAAAGACGGUUAAUAUGAAUUUAAAUGUUACCGAUGGCAAAGAUAUUCAAUCGAAAAAUGUUAAAAAAAUAAAGAUUGGCGAAAAUACCACAUUUUCUAAUAUCAGUCAUCGAUUAGCCAUGCGAAAAAUCUUACAUGAACGACUUUCUUUUGUGACUGAUAUUAUGUGUUUUCUUGGUAUUUUGGGAAUUAUUCUUAUGAUUAUUGAAAAUGAAAUAACAUUUUUUGAAAUCAAUAAUAAUGAUAAUAUAUUGAGUUGGUCUAUCAAAAUAGUUAUUACCUUAUCAACAAUUGUUCUUAUUGGACUUAUAUUUAAAUAUCAUCAUUUAGAUAUGUGUCUCUAUGCUGUUAAUAAUUCAAUUGGAGAUAGUCGUGCUGCAUUAACAAACAAGAAAAUAUAUUUAAUUUUACUUGAAGUAUUAAUUUGUGCGAUACAUCCAAUACCUCGCUCAUUUCCUCGUCGUUUGAAUACAUCAUUAAAAGAUCAAGAUUCAAAUUCAUUCACAACUACUCCUUAUUCCUUAUCUUAUAUAUCUGUUGAUGUUGCACUUGGUUUACCAAUGUUUGCUCGUCUUUAUUUGAUUUGUCGUUUUAUGAUGUUUCAUUCUUAUCUAUUUCGUGAUGCAUCAUCACGAUCUAUUGGUUAUCUUAAUAAAAUAUCAAUUAAUUUCUUCUUUCUGAUUAAAAGUUAUCUUGAACAAUGGCCUAUUGGAUGUUUAACGAUAUUCUGUUUAAUUCUCUUCUUGAUUGGAAGUUGGUGUUUACGUGCAUGUAGUUAUCUACCAAGUAAUCAGCAUUUACCAAUGCUCGAUUCAAUGUGGUUGUUCGUUAUAACAUUUACUACUGUUGGCUACGGAGAUUUCACACCUUCUACAUAUUGUGGACGAACUAUUGCUGCAUUUAUUGGUUUGAUUGGUGUCUUUUCUACUGCUCUUGUUAUUGCUGUUCUUGCACAAAAACUUGUAUUGGGUCGAUGCGAAAAAUAUGUACAUAAUUUUGUAUUGAAUACUGGAUUGGCAAAAGAGCGUAAAAUACAAGCAGCGAAUGUUAUUAAAUUUGCAUUAAAAGUUUGGUAUAUGAAAAAUAAAACUCGAUCUGCAUCAUCUACUCAAAUUCUUAAAUCACAACGACGACUAUUUCAAUCAAUAUAUUUACUUCAAGAAGUUAAACAAGAACAAGGAAAAUUAAUCGACAGUUGUAUUGAUCAAAUCGAUCUAAUCACUUUGCAACGUAAGACAAAUGUUCAAACAUAUGAAGUUACAGAACAAUUGAAGACAAUGAAAGCUAAAAUGGAUAAUAUGGACAAGAAACUUAUUGAUAUGAACAUAAAUAUAAAUAAUACAAUAGCCGAUAUGCAAAAAACAUUGAAUAUGUUGUUGGAUAAAGUUUCAAAAUAA